AAAAACUGUGCGCCAUCAUCCUGAACUAUAGGGUGAAGCCCUUUACAGAACGUUAUCAAGUGUUCGGCAGUUUCUUCUUCCUCUCCACACGCACUGCAUACUGUGUCUACGCCUUCGUAUUUGGCCCGUAUUUGGCCCGAGGUGUUCUCUGCGCACACGUCUAGGAGUGUGCCUAGAAACGCUGUCUACGACGCGUUUAUUCUGUUUAUAGUAUUGUUGCCCUGCAUCACUUUAUCGUUAUGCCAAAGGUAGUUUCUAGAAGUAUCGUUUGUUCUGAUACGAAGGAUCAAGAGGAGUAUAAUGAAGAGAAACCGCUUAAUGUGUACUACUGCAUCUGCGGCAGUAUGGCGAUGAUUCUUGACUGUGCGAUCGAGAAACUGCCCUUGCGACCCAGGGAUGGAGCCAGGGUCAUUGAUGGUGCCAAGCAUGCUCACAAGUUGUCAUUCAGCCCUGAUGAAGUGGUCCAUAUUAAGAGGUCAGAAGGAGUUGAGAGGCAGCACCGGAAGAAAUGCAGAAAAUGCGACCUGCUGCUCUUCUACCAGCAUGACCCAUCCAGCAAUGUGACCUUCGUUGUCAAGGGUGCUGUGUUCCGAGCGGGAGAGGGACCCCUCAAGGCUGGUGUGCUUCUGCGAGCAGCUGUGGAGCCCAAGAAGAUCAUGGUGACAAAGCACACCAAGAACAUGGGCAAGUUCAGUUCCGUCACUGUCUCGACUAUCGAUGAGGAAGAGGAGGAAAUUGAAGCGAGAGAAGUGGCCGACUCUUAUGCCAACAAUGCCCGGAUCAUCGAAAAGCAGCUGGAACGCAAAGGAAUGAAUAAGCGCAAGUUGAUUGAACAGAUUCCUCAGGGGGAGCUAGAUGUGAAGAAAAAACUGGUCAGAGGCACUCUUAUUGAUAAGCAAUGACAUAUCAGUAUGCACUGCUUGCUGAGUCUAGACCAGUCGCAUUUAUUAUGAAUAAAACAUUUUCCAAUGUA